GUAAUUAUUAGCAUUAUUACGUUUACUCUUAUACUUGAGUAAUUAUUUUUAUAAGUAGUUUUACUUAUACUUGAGUAAAAUUUUUGGAUAAUCUUCCCACCUCUGCUAUGGAGCAGCAGGGUGCCACAGGAGAGCGAUGGUGUGUGGCCCCCUGGUGUAAAGUCAGAACAAAUCAACCAGCUAGAUUUGAAUCAAGUUCUUUUUGCUGGUUUGAAUUGUCAUGUGUUGGUUUGAUCAGAUAGUGUAACGAUCAGCUACAGUAACCAUCAGGGUAUCACAUGGCUGAGCAGCUUCUUCCUCCAUACACCGAAUGUCCUGAGCAUACGUAUACAGUUAUCCUCUUUGAGGACAACUCAUCUGCCGGGCUUGUCGAACAGUGGUUGCUGGGACAGAAUGCACAAGCCCAUGACUGGCUUUACCACCAACUAUAAGCUUUUCCUCCAGAAAUUGUCCAUUUUUGCCUUUGCAGGGAUACAUCAGGGUUUUAAGAUUGCCCUGAUGCCAUGAUGACUCUGCAAUAAACCCCUUGAAUUAAUGCUGAAAGUCUACACUUCAAUGACAUAUUUAUUGCUUAAUUUCAACUCCACUGUGGUGGUGUACGGAGGUAAAAGUACAAAAAGUCCAUACUUAUGGACCUAGGUCUGUGAGCUGUCAUGUAUAAGUAGUUUAAACGAACUGCCAUUGUUAUCAUAAUGUGUGAAGCCAAAAACAGCACUUGAUUUAAGUGUAAUGAAUAAUGGUUUAUGUUGAAUAAGGUUACAUAAAACAUUAACGACUGAAGAAAAUUUUUCAUUACUUACAGCCAUUGAUUUAUUUUAAAUAAAAAAGCAGUAAAUAUUAUUAAAUUAAAGGAAGCCAUAACUUAAUCACUGAACCUUUACCCAUGUCUGCAUGCUAUCUAUCCUUUUAUUAGGCCAUGACAGUCUGACAUCUAUCAGAGUGUUAAGUGAACUUUAGGCUCUGUGAUAACUGAUGGUCCAUUUAGACGGUUAUGAUGUGUAGCGUUGACAGCAAUGCACUACCUCCUGGACUUUGGGUUUUCAAUACAACACACACCUCUUUACAGUAUAUAUACUGACUACUACAUCAACCUCACACACACAGCUGGCAUCUGUCAGAGAUAAAGGUAAGAAAAAGCAUGUAUUUUUCAUUACAAUACAAUUUUACAAUACAAUCAAUGUAAUAAACAAUAUAAAAAAAAGUACAUUUACAUUUAAAUGAAUAAAUGUAAAUGUAAAUGUACAUUUUUGAUAUUGUUUGUUACAUUGAUUGUAUUGUUACUGUCUACAUAUUUAUGCAAUUCAUCACAUGUGUUAUAAAUAAAUACAUACCAUACAAUUUUUUUACAGACUCAAAACAAGAACCAUGAAGGUGUUUGUGGUACUGUUUCUGGCUGUGUUCACAGGUUGCCAGGCCAACUUGUUCUCUGCUGAUGAGCCCAAACCACAGCUGGAGCAGCUGACUGAUGCUUUCUGGGAAUAUGUUGCCAAGGCAACACACACCGCUGAGGACACACUGAAAACAAUUAGAGAGUCUCAACUGGGCCAGGAAGUCAACACUAGACUUACAGAAGGUGCUAAUGUGGCCAGUGAGUAUGCUGUCACUCUCCAGAAACAAGUGAGCCCUCUAGCCCAGGACAUCAUAACCAAAAUCACCAAGGAGGCUGAAGUUCUGAAGGAGCGCCUUGAGCAGGACCUGACCACUGUGAAGGACAAACUGGAGCCCUAUUCUGAUGAUCUGAAGACCCAAAUUCAGCAGAGAGUGGAGGAGCUGAGAGUAGCUGUGGCUCCUUAUGCCGAGUCCUUUGACUCUGAAGCUCUGAAAACCACGGUGCUGCAGAAGACCGAGGAGCUCAGGGGGAGUCUGGAGGAGAAAGUGAAGGAGCUGCAGUCCCAGCUGGAACCCUACACUGAUGAACUCAGACAGAAAGUAGAUCAGCACCUGCAGGAAUUCCAGAAGACCGUGGGCCCUCUGACUGAAGAUCUUCAGGCCAAGGUUGCUGAGAGAGCCACUUUGGUUCAGCAGGGUCUGGCUCCCUAUGGUGAGGACCUGAGAGAGAAACUGGACCCCUAUGCCCAGAACCUGAAGGACCAGCUCACCUCUCUUUAUGAGUCCUUCACCAAGCCCAACUAAAUACUCCAAACACUACUUUUCCCCCACUGGAUU